GAUAAAUUCAUGCCCUUUCCACCAAUUGUGCUUUCUGCAUCAAUGAAUGAAGUCAUGUAAAUUUAUCACUAUAUUGCUCCUUAACACAUGUUUUCUCCCCGACCUCAACAUUCAGUCAAGUAUCGCUUCUGAUUGCUCCUCAAAUCCCAAAAAAAGCGCGUUACUGAUAACUCAUGAUGUGCUGACACAUGAGAUGAUUGGCUUUAGCCGGGAAAUCAUGUGAACAAAAAGACAAGAUCUCUGCGGAAGGACAAUUGAAAGUUUGUUUCAUUCUAUUUCUUCCUAUCUUAGUAUCGUGAAAUAUUAUCAUCACAAUUUUUCCACUGAACAAAGAAGGAAAUCAUCUUCAAGCCAUAGAUAAAAAAUUGGCGGGAAUCGGAGUUCAGUUGAAUCGCCCCGCGAUUGCUCAAAAAUAUGAAUUCAAAAAUAUCGUCUAAAAUUUAGACGAGAUUUUUUGAAUUUUCAUGCUACAGCGCCUCUGUAUUUGGUAACCUGCAACUAGUCAACAUAACCUCUUUCAAUCAUGGCCCGGUUGAUGAGAUUCCUUCCCGGAUUCUCCAAUUCCGUGGUUAAUUCAAGACAUUUGUCCCACAAUAUACAACCAGUGAAACUCUCUUAUGAUGAGUACUUGCCCAAAGAUCCCCAAAGUGCCUCCGGAGCCCCGCUUUUGAUAAUGCACGGUCUUUUCGGCUCCCGACAGAACUGGCGAGGAAUUUCAAAGAGACUCACCCAAGUUUUGAAUCCCAGCAGAAGGAUCCUUUCAAUUGACGGCCGCAAUCACGGUUUGAGUCCUCAUGCAUCGGAGCACACGUAUCAACACAUGGCUGAGGAUGUCAAGGAGCUGAUCCGUGAUAUUGGUGCUGAGAAAGUUGUCGUUCUUGGUCACAGUAUGGGAGGACGUUGCAUGAUGUACUUCGCUCUGGAAUAUCCAGAGCUCGUGGAAUCUGCUGUUAUUGUGGACAUCUCACCCUUCUCCAAUAUCCACUUUGCCGGCAGCACGGAAGCAAUGUCGGAUUUACUGAGAACUCUCCAGGGAAUCACCAUUGAUCCAAGCCUUUCACCAUCAGCAGCACGCAAACUGGUGGAUGAGGAGAUUAGCUCAAUCAUGACCGAUAAGGCUACAAGGGAUUUUAUCCUUCUAAAUUUGUACAAGGACGAAAAUUCUGGCUUUCGGUGGAGAUUCAAUGUGCAGGGAUUGUUGGAUAACGUUGAGACGUCCAUAGCGAAAUUUCCUGCAGAAAUUCUUGAGAGAAAAUACUCCAAGCCAAUUCUCUUUAUCGGUGGCGCCGAUUCUCAGUAUAUUAAUCCAAAAGAUCUGCCUAGAAUUCAGGAAAGCUUCCCGCAAGCUCGUCUGGAAUUUGUUGCAAAUGCUGGACAUCUUGUUCAUGUGCAAAAACCCAUGGAAUUUCUGGAUUUAGUAGUGAAUUUCCUAAACAGGUAAAUUUUGCAGAUUGGCAUCAUCCCUUGGUCCAGUCCAGAGGAUUAGUGUGUAAAGUUGUACAAGGAGAAUAUAUUAUGUUAGUCAGAGAGGGAA